CUUUUCUCAUGCAGAUGUAGUCGCACACCAAAAGUAUUAAAACCAGCAAAAGUAACGUUUGUAGUUUGUCAUGCCAAAAUUUAUUUCACAAGAAACUGUCAAUAACCAGCCCGCCGCCAUCCCGGGCGGCGGUUCGUCCCUUCCACCUGCUACCGCCACGAUGAUGUGGAGCCAAGGCGUCAAAAACGCGUACGAACAAGCACUGUCCGCGCACAACAAGCUAGUUUCGAACGGCCACCUGAUCCAGAGUCUGAUCGCAAAAAUGUCAGCGGCUACGGCGCAAGCUGAACAGGCCAAACUCGCGGCGGAGUCUUCGGCGGCGGCGAGUUUCGCAAGGGACAACGGGUUCGCGGUGGCGGCCGCGACAGCCAGCAUGGGCGGCUAUGCAUCGCAAAUUUCGAUCGGAAUGUCUUGAAAUUUGUAUUUGUGUUGCGGGCACUUGCAUUUUGCAGAGUGGCCGCUUCGAUACGGCACGAGCGCAUCAGAAAUGCUUGUGACAGACUUGUUGCAGAUUCAUUGGUAAAAAAUAUCCGCAUGACAAACUGAGCUUCACAGCAUGACAAAAAAUUUGUAGCCAAUGAGUCGCAUAAUUUUAUGCAUCACAAGUCCUUGUUGUCCUUCAAAUCUCGCGUCACAAAUCCAGUUCGAUCCAGAUCGAUAUUUACAACGCAUAGUGCUACUACCGGGUCUUCAACAUCUUCAGGUCCUCUGGGAGUUGUCGCGCAGGUGAGUCGGUGUCUGGGGGAGGCGAUAAUGGUGCUCGCGGGGACCACUUCUACUGCCAGUAGUACGUCGCGGGAAGAUGGUGCAGAAGUAGACCAGGGGCACCAGAAGUGCGGUAGCGGUACCAGGGAGCAGGAAGAAAUAAACGGGUCAGAUGAGGAAGACGACAUGGAACAACAGCAGCUGCUGCACACCCGGAGAAGAACGAAAAGAUCCUCUUUUUUUCCAGUGCUGGAAGAGGAUGUAGCAGUUCUUCACGGACGAACUUCUACACAGAGCACGCUAGGUGAACGUAGGACAAUCAGACUGGAGUCGUGGUCCGAGAGAAGUAGCAGAAACGGCUAUCCUGUGUAAAAACGUCCCCACCCCAGAGUUGUCAUGCAAAUCUGCAUGCUGAAAAUGUUUCUCAUGCGGAGCCACAUGAGAAGCAUUUUCCAGGUGUGUUCUGGAAUUUGUCAUGCUCCAAUCGGCAUGAUAUAGUAGAUCUGUGAUGCUGCUGAGCUAGCUCAAACAGCACUACACUACGAGCCCAAAUUUGUCAUGCAAAACGGCCAAAACUUGUGGAUUUGUCUAGCCGAGUCCCGAUCUUGACUAUGGGGUGGGGACGUUUUUACAUAGGAUAACGGCUAUAAUGAUUCCGAGACGGAAGUAGAUGCGAAAAAUGGUGAUAUGAGCCAAGGUUUUUUGUGA